AUUAUUAAUGUAAACACCACCUCCACCUCCACCAUAUGGUUAUCCUCCUGGAUAAUAUCCUCCUCCUCCUCCUCCUGCUUAUGGAUAAAAUCCUUAUCCUUAAUAACCAGGAUAUUAACCACCACCUACUGGAUAUCCAUAUCCACCAACUCCUGGCUAUCCUCCUCCAAAUGGAUAUCCAUAACCCGGUUAUCCUCCUACACCUGGUUAUACUCCAACUCCUGGCUAUCCUCCAACUCCAGGCUAUCCUCCUACUUAACCUGGAUAUGUUCCUCCACCUAAUUAUGUUUAACCAUAUCCAGCAUAACAGUAAACCAUUUUAUUAAUACAUUCAGAUAUCCUGGUUAAUAUCCUGUCAAUGCUAUGGUUAUUCCAUAAGGAUAUCCUGGAACAAAUAUUUAAAUCAAAAUACGACCGAAUUGUUAUUUGUAAUAAUUUAUUUCAACAACAGAUGUGGAGGAACUGGUUUCUAUAUGAAAAAAUAUAAAAGAAAGUAAUGCAAGGAUUGUUUGUGGGCUAUGGGAGUAUGUCUAAAAUGUAAUGGAACUGGAUGGAAUAAGAAAGGAAAAGUAUGCAAAUGCAAAAUGUAUAAAAUAUAUUGAUUCAUCCAAAU